AGUGAAAAAAUUGGUUGAACUUGGGUUUUCUGUCUUCAAGUCUUCAGUUCCCCCCGGCAGAAAAAACCUCAAAAAACCUCUGAUUCCUAGUCCGAGGCUAGUUUGCGAAAUCCUAGGAAAAAGGGGUAAGAAGAGAGAGAGAGGAAAGAAUGAAUGAAGAGUUCAUGUCGAAGUUCAGUUUUUGUCAAAAUCCCAUACAAAAUCUACUGGAAACGUCGAUAUUCAACAAAGACAAACCUCACAACCUGGUUCAACAAAUACGUGGAUAAGAACGAUGUGUUCUCCUGGAACUCGGUCAUCGCUGAGUUGGCUCGGAGCGGAGACUCUUUGGAAGCCCUCCGCGCUUUUUCUUCAAUGCGGAAGCUCUCUCUCCAGCCCAAUCGCUCCUCUUUCCCUUGCACUAUCAAAUCCUGUUCUGCUUUGCUCGAUCUUCAAUCGGGCAAACAGACCCAUCAACAAGCCUUCAUCUUUGGCUAUGAAUCUGACCUUUUUGUCUCAUCAGCUCUCAUUGAUAUGUACUCCAAAUGCGGCCAAUUGAGGGACGCACGUAUACUGUUCGACGACAUUCCUCAGAGAAAUAUCGUGUCUUGGACCUCAAUGAUCACCGGGUAUGUACAAAACCACAAUGCCCACGAAGCCUUAUCUCUCUUUAAACAGUUCUUGAUAAAGGAGAGUGAAAUUGGUGGUGGUGGUGGUGGUGGUGCUGCUGCUGCUGCUGCUGCUGCUGACGGGGAGAUAUUUAUCGAUUCAGUCGCUAUGGUUUCUGUUAUUUCUGCGUGUUCUCGCCUUCCAGCCAAGGGUGUCACUCAAGGGGUUCAUGGACUGGUAAUAAAGAGGGGAUUUGAUAUAGAUGUGAGUAUUGGAAAUACUUUACUGGACGCUUAUGCAAAGAGCGGCGAGGUGUGUGUGUCUCGGAAGGUGUUUGAUGAAAUGGCAGAGAGGGACGAUGUUUCUUGGAAUUCUAUGAUUGCUGUGUACGCACAAAAUGGAUUAUCUGCUGAGGCUUUGGAGGUUUUCUAUGGAAUGGCAAGGGAGUCUGGAGCCCGUUACAAUGCAGUGACAUUAUCAGCUGUACUUCUAGCCUGUGCUCAUUCUGGGGCUCUGCGAGCUGGCAAGUGCAUACAUGAUCAGGUUAUAAGGAUGGGUUUGGAGGACAGUGUAAUAGUAGGUACCUCUAUUAUUGACAUGUAUUGUAAAUGUGGAAAAGUUGAAAUGGCACGAAAGGCAUUUGAUUGCAUGAAGGAGAAAAAUGUUAGGACGUGGACUGCCAUGGUUGCUGGCUAUGGAAUGCAUGGCCGUGCCAGAGAAGCUCUAAAAGUCUUCUAUGAGAUGCUAUGGGCAGGGAUGAGACCCAAUUACAUAACAUUUGUUUCAGUUCUUGCUGCUUGUAGCCAUGCCGGUCUGGCACAAGAAGGUUGGCAUUGGUUCAAUGCAAUGAAAAAUGAAUUCAAUGUAGAACCUGGCGUGGAGCAUUAUGGAUGCAUGGUUGAUCUUCUCGGGCGAGCCGGAUAUCUUGAUGAUGCUUACAAUCUGCUGAAGGGCAUGAAGGUGAAGCCUGAUUUUGUAAUAUGGGGUUCACUUCUUGGGGCUUGUAGAAUUCACCACAACGUGGAGCUUGGGGAGAUAGCAGCAAGAAAAUUGUUUGAAUUGGACCCAAAUAAUUGUGGAUACUAUGUCUUGCUGUCUAACAUAUAUGCUGAUGCUGGAAGGUGGAAAGAUGCUGAGAGCAUGAGAAUACUCAUGAAGGAUCGUGGGCUGGUUAAACCGCCUGGAUUCAGUUUGGUUGACCUAAAAGGCAAGGUUCAUGUGUUCCUGGUCGGAGAUAAAGAUCAUCCUCAACAUGAGAGUAUUUAUGAGUAUCUCGAAGAAAUAAAUGUGAAGUUGCAAGAAGUUGGUUAUAUCCCCAAUAGGACGUCAGUUCCUCAUGAUGUUGAUGAGGAAGAGAAGGAAAUGAGCCUCCGUGUUCAUAGUGAGAAGCUGGCCGUUGCAUUUGGCAUAAUGAAUACGGUUCCAGGUUCAACAAUCCAGGUGAUUAAGAAUCUUAGAGUUUGUGGUGAUUGCCAUGUAUUCAUUAAGUUGGUCUCAAAGAUUGUCGAAAGAGAAAUUGUUGUGAGAGAUGCAAAGCGAUUUCAUCACUUUAGGGAUGGAUUCUGCUCGUGCGGAGAUUAUUGGUGACGCAUAGCCGAAUCGGCUCUGUUGAGAAAAUGAGGCACAAUCCUUUCUAAUGGAAUCUUGUUGUGUAUUGUGAAGUCGUUAAUUUGCUUAAGUGCAUUGUAUCCAAAUCCAAAAAAUGAGCCUCCAUUUU